CGUUUUGGACGUUGUUAUGUUAGUUGCUUCCUUUUCGUCGUCGUUUAAAGUGGGUAAGAGGGAAAUAAAAGAUUAGGAUAUUUUACGUAUAACCUUCUUUGUGUGUUGACACUACUUGCUUGGGUAGGAAUAGGAAUUAAAAAUGGCGUCAGUGUUGGAACGAUAUUUUUUCAAUGUGUAACUUUCCGCUCGAAAAUCUUUAAUUGUAGUAAGUGCGGAUAGGUGAAAAUUUCUGUGUUUCAUAUCACAAAUAAAAACAAUGAAAGUGAUAAUCUGAUUGAUAACCCCCAUAUGAAUAAAUACCUCAUAAAUAUCAAAACAAAUUAAUUGCAUAGUGCAGAAAAUUGAUUCCACACAAGAUUAUGAGACACUUUACUAGAUAAUAUACGCAUAGUUUCGUCAUAGUCACAGGCACCAGAAGCAGAACCAGAGAAUGGUGGACAUGGACAUUAAUAUAAGAUGAAAAUUCAAUAUAAAAACAAAUGAGCAAGAGUGAGAUGGGGAUAUCAAAUUUUUGAGAGAAAAGAAAUACAUAGUAAUUUCAUUUUAAAAUCGAUAUGUGGCUUGUGAAUUGAUAGCUGGUGAUUACUCAAUUGCAAAAAGAAAAAGAAGAUAAUUGUCGAUAAAUCUUUUUUUUUAUAACAAAAAUAAAUAAAAACUAAUACGAAAAUUAGCGCGUGUGGAUAUCGGGAGCGGGACGGGAUUUAAUAAAAAAAAAUAACUAACAAGACGCAGACGGAUACGAAUAUACGAAUACGGAGACGCCAAGAUGUGUGCAGCACAGAGUAACCCCCAAUCCAGCUACGGCUACACUUGGAACUUCGCAGACAGUUCUCGUGCUGAUUCCGUAGUUGAAAUAUCGCCCAAUAUAAACUACACAGUCAGCAGCGAUGCGAUGCCAUAUCUUUUUACUGAUGGCUCAUUAACGCUUCAAAAAGAUAUCAAAGGAACUUUAACAACAAACAAAGGAAGUGUUGUCCGCAGAAUGUUUGUUGUCAAUGAGCCAUUCACUGGUGGAACUCAAAGAGUAAUAACAACAGGCGGUGGUUCGACUGUUGUCAAAAAGCAAGAACAGCAACAAGUGUUAAGCAUCAAUUGUGAUAAGAAUUAUGUUUUACUUCCAGAUCUCCUUGUAGACCAGUCUGAUCAAAAUCAUUCCAUUGGAAAUGGAAUUGUUGAUACAAAAACCCAAACUAUUUUGACAACAACAACAGCUGGAAAAACGCAUUUCAGUCCAAUAGGACCACUCCAUCUAACAGCCGAAGAAUGUAAUGAAAUUUUAAUGAAGCGUGCGCUAGCAGCAUCGCAAAAUCACACAACCAUUACAACCACAGAUGGCCAAACAGUAGGAGACAUUAUUCCCGGGAUGUCUGUACACGUGCAAAAAGUCAUCCAGGGUCUGGAAGAUACCGAGGAUUCACAAGAUAACUCCCCUAAUUGCAAAUUGGAGCCAAACAUGGAAAUAUCUCCGAAGACAGAGCUUCAGGAUUCAAAUGACCAGACUAUUAAUCAAGCAGUAAAAGAAAGGCCUUACAGCUGUGAAGAAUGUGGAAAAUCAUUUCUACUAAAACAUCACUUGACCACUCAUGCCAGAGUUCACACAGGAGAACGACCUCAUGUGUGCGUUCAUUGUGGGAAAAGCUUUGCCCAUAAACAUUGUCUUAACACGCACUUGCUGUUGCAUUCGACCGAACGUCCUUACCAAUGUUGUGAGUGUAAAAAGAGCUUUACACUUAAGCAUCAUCUUCUCACGCAUUCGAGAGUUCAUAGCAGAGAUCGACCAUUUGUGUGUCAAGAAUGUGGUCGAGCCUUUCCUCUUAAGAGGCAUCUAGUAACCCAUAGCAAAUUCCACGCAGGAGAGCGACCUUAUGUGUGUGAAGAAUGUGGAGAGAGCUUCGCUCAAGAAAAUCAUUUAAUAAUGCAUUCACGAUUUCAUGGAUCGGUUAAUCCCUUUGUUUGUCCCGACUGUGGGGUAACUUUUCCCAGAAAAUUUCAAUUGGUUAAUCACGGAAGGAUUCAUGGUAAAGUGCCACACGCUUGCACUGUCUGUGGCAAGGAAUUCCUUCAAAAACGCACAUUGGUUUCUCAUAUGAGAAUACACACUGGAGACCAACCCUAUCCAUGCACUGGUUGUGGAGAUGGAUUCCAAACGAAAGCGGAACUUAAUCAACAUAUUCGUGUUGCUCAUGGUGGAGUGAAUCCAAAUUCCGCCCAUACGACCAUUGUUCCAACUAAUACCGUAGUGACGACAACAAAUCACAAUACAAAUCAAAUUCAGGUAUCUUAUAUUCAUCAGACGCAACAACAACAUCAUCAUCAGCAACAACAGCAGCAGCAGCAGCAACAACAACAACAGCAGCAACAACAGCAACAACAACAGCAGCAGCAACAGCAGCAACAACAGCAACAGCAGCAGCAACAGCAACAACAGCAGCAGCAACAACAACAGCAACAACAACAACAGCAACAACAGCAGCAGCAACAACCAGCACAACCUCAAACGAUUACAGUAGUUAGCAACCCAAACAAUUCCGCAUUGUUAACUGUAACAUCGAAUGAUAAUAACUCAGGGAACAGACCACAAUUUGCAUGUCGAGAGUGCGGAUGUGCCUUUAAUAGUAAAGAAGCAUUGGCACUUCAUUUACGGUUACACACAGGUGACAAGAACCUGAUGACAGAUUUGUGUGCCUUAACAGCUGCUUUACCAGGUCAUUAUUUAAAUACAACCAAUCUAAAUCAAGCAACCGUAGUAGCUGCAAAUCCGAAUAUUGUAACUCAAACAGCUGUUCCAGUCCAAAUAAUAUCAUCAACCGGUCAAGUUGUUAGUCAAACAACAAUGGUGCAAAGUGCCCCCCAACCACAGACUAUUGUAACUGCAGUGCAGGCGGCUGCUCCCCAGCAGCACAACACUUCCAAGCCAAAAAGCCACUUUUGCAACAGUUGCGGGAAAGGAUUUGCCGCUAAACAUGGUCUUUUACAGCACAACAGAAGGCAUCCUAAUGGAGGUUGUACUGUUCGUACACACGUAUGUGAUUGUGGUAAGGCUUUCUUCCAGAAGAACCAUUUAAUGCUUCAUCAGCGUCAGCAUCUGGAAACAAAGCCAACCAUUAUUUCCCAACAACAGGAUGUUAUUCAACAAAAUCAAGCACAACAACAGCAGAUAUCCCAGCAACAGUCCCAGCAACAACAACAACAAAACCAGCAACAUCAAACGAUGACAAGAGAAGUUUUAAUUGGUAAUCAAGCACUUCACGUGCAAGUCUUGCAGGGUUCAAACACAGCUCAAGUGAUUAAAUAUGAAAUAAACAUACCGCAGGAGGGUCAAACAAUUGAGUAAUGUUUAGAUAAUAACAUUCUAAAUGUAUCGGGUUAUAAUUUAAGUUAAGUUAGGACAAAAAAUGCAUAAUAGCAAUCAAUUAACCAUCAAAAUCUAUGCAAAUAAAUAGAAGAUUAUAAAUCUUCGCUGUAGGUUUUUAUGUAGUUGAUUUAUCGAGAAACAAAAAAUAUACAUAUAUAAAUACCGUAUUAUUAAGUUGUACCAUACAAUUAAACUAUUUGUAUUAAAAAAAAAAAACAAAAACAAGAAAAAAAAACUAAUAUUAAUUAUUAUAAAUGGACGGAUGUAAAUAUACGUGUACGGUGAAAAAACUUAAUUCAAAAUCAAUAUCAUAUUCAGAAUCGGAAUAGGAAUCGGAGGGAUAGCUUACAAUCCGAAUACAUUGAAGGUACAUUAUUUGCUAUGUGACGUUUUAAUUUUAAAUAACUACCUACUAAUAAAAUAAAAUCUACAAAUGCUUAUUUUUGUAGAAAAGUAUCUAACCAAACUUUUGUUGGGUUUGGUGUAACUUGAUGUUUUUGUCUUAAUACUUCACUUAUAUACUUUAUAUUUUCAAUUCAAUUACUGAUACUGAUUUUAUAGCCUUUAUUUUCAUUUUGCAAACGUUUUUGAAAAUAUACAUCCAUAAUUUUUUAUCAGGAAAACUUACACUGUAGUUUAUUUUGUAGUUUUUUGAGUUUUUUUUUAAUAGGCAGACUUUUAAACUUUGGUUGAGUCAUAUCUUUCUGUUAUUUUGCAUCAUCGAGAAGUAAUUUAAGCUGGGGUAAAAGUAAGAAGAUAAGACAUGAACGGCGAGUUAGCUAAACCCUUUUCUUUUUAAAAAAAGGUCUUCAUGCAAUUGAGAAAAAUAAGUAGCAAACUUAAUCAAAGAUUUACACACUAAUGGUGUUGCAUGAAUGCUCCUAAAUAAAAUUGGUUUUCCUUUUUACUUUUCCGACCAUUCAAAAAUUUUCAGCUUAAGCUAUAAGUUUGCAGGAAUUUUCCACAAAGUAAAUACAUGCAUAAAUAUUACUUUAUGAAAUAUAAUAUUUUUUUAUGUCAACAUUUUAAUAAGUUAGUGGUAAAAUUUUAGAAUUAAGAACUUAAAGUUUUAAAACUUAAACACACACACCAACCAACAUAAAUAUAUUUGUAUGUAUAUAGAGAAACAUAUUUAUAUAAAAGUACACAUGUUCUACACAUGCAUCUACGUAUACCUUUUAAGAAAACGACAUUUUAAAUUUGAUAUACAUAAAAUUAGAUAUAAUCCGACAAAAAAAAAACAAAAAUAAUUGACCAAAAUAUAAGAUUGUGUUAAUUUUUGGUUGGUCAGAUAUUUUUAUUUAGUACAUUUAAGUUGAAAUUAUUAUCAAAAAGUCGAUCUGGCGAUAUUAGAAUAAAGCUGUUGAUUUUGCAAAAAUA